AGUUCAAACUUCAACGUGAUAUACAAUUUCAUAAUAUUAUUAUUAAAUUCUAUGGAGUCGCACAAUUUGACCCAGAAAAAUUAUUUUUUAGAAAACUUCGAUAACCUUACCUGGAACGACAAAUAUAACUUGGCGUACCAACUAACUAGCGCUGUGUCGUGUUUACAUAAUGAAAGAAUAGUGCAUCGUGAUUUGCACUCCGGUAAUGUAUUGAUUCAUCAAAAUACUAUCAAAUUGUCCGACUUCGGGUUGUCAAAAAGAAUCGAAUCAUCAUCCAAUACAAAAACAAAAUUUUUUGGAAAAAUUCCUUACGUUGAUCCAAAAAGAUUUAGUGGACGAAAAAAAAAUAAAAAAUUUAAUGAAAAAAGUGACAUUUAUAGUGUUGGUGUGUUAUUUUGGGAGAUAUCUAGUGGUCAACCACCCUUUUCUGCUGAAGAGUAUGAUAUUGAUUUAGCUUUAGAAAUUUCACAAGGUCGUAGAGAAGAACCCAUUCCUAAUACGCCUGAAAAUUAUAUUAACAUUUAUACUGAAUGUUGGGAUGCUGAACCAGACAAUCGCCCAACUAUAAAUCAAGUAUAACACCAUCAUCAGAUGGACAAAAUUUUAAUUCAAUCAAUAUUGAUACUUCAAAUAUUAACAAUUC